AUGGAAGUUGAAAUCCAACUCGACGAAAAGGUGCCCUAUUACACAAAUGAGGACCAGGUGUCCGGUCAUGUCGUCCUUCGCAGUGAUACCGAACUGGACAUCGCCACGAUAGCAAUCAGUCUAUCUGGUCAGGCAACAUCGAGGCUAGACUCAGGGAAGCUGAAUGAAACACACAAGCUCUUCCAACGGAAUGAACAAAUUUUCCCGCCCGUCAACUGUGCCGGAUGGUUUACUUCGGGAGGCGUUACGAUUCCCCCCGGGAAACACUCGUUUCCAUUUUCCAUUAUGUUUCCUCAUGUCUCCGAAUGCUACAAGGGUAGUACUAGAGAUGCCGUUCACAAGCGAUCAGCAAACCGUCAACUACACCAUCUCCUACGAAAGCUUCCGCCGUCCAGUGGAAAUUUCAACACUCCUGAGGAGAUCAGAUAUUCUCUGGAAGCUAUCAUCACGCAGAAUGGGCUCAUGUACAGAACCCACAGAUCCACCCGCCAAAUAUCCUUCCAUCCGGUGUCUGCUAUUCCGAAGCCAUCACAGAGUGUAGUAGUCCGAAAGACUGUGAAAUGCAAUACGAAGGCAGCGGAGCUACUAUCUCCACCACUAACGUAUGAGAUCCAAGCCGAACUGGUGAACGGACCGUUUGUUCUGCUAGGACACCCAAUAGCACUGAGUGUAAAUGUCACCAACAUUAAUGACGAGAAACCCGAUGUAUCUCUACGGGACUUCCAAUCCAUGCUUAUUGAAACAACAGAUAUCAGGGCACAUGGGAUGAUGCAAAGCGCUACCCGCUCGUGGAUUAUACAGACGAUAACAAACUUGGGACAACCAUUUUUAAGUGCAAUGGCAGCGUCUGGGAUGGUCAUGACUCUAGACGAUGCGGUAUGGAGUAGGCAUCGUCUACCACAUUGCCUGACACCUACAUUUGAAACAUGCAAUGUCACCCGGAGCUACAAGUUGGAGAUCAGGCUUGGCAUUGAAUUCGGGCGAAACAAUUCAAGGAUAUUAGAGUUUCUGUUCCCAGUUCGCGUUUUGUCUCCAUUAUAG